UUCCGCUUCCUCCCCAGAUAGCUGAGUAAGGGAGAUGCGACGAGCUUCUCUACUUUUCCAAUACAUCAGCUAGAAAUUCGACUUAUGUUCAAGAUCUAUAGGUAUUCUGUUCCCGCAUCUUGACAAGACUGUGCUUUCCCUUUGUUGCCGCUGUAUCCAUUCGCUCCUGCCAUUAGUGUUGUUGACAAGAGGAAGUGCAAAUCCUCAUCUUCUCCUUCCUGUCUUGAUACACUUCUAUGCUAGCUUUUUCCAUGGCAUGUUUACUUCUUCUCUCCAUCUGUUUCCUUUCUUUCCAUCUUACACCACGACACAACUUCAUUGCAAAGCAUUGUGUUUCUCUGCGGUUUUACUUAAUCGAUUCAUUCAUCCAAAUCUCGUUUUGGUCGGUCUCGUCUUUCAUUCUAUACCUAUUAAGCUUCAUCUAUCUACUCGAAACCGUAUCCUUCGAUGUCUUCAUCUACCGCUCUUCUUCCAAAUGGAAGUAAUAAGAAGAAUGACCAUGUAAGUUACAUCUCAACAUUUUCAUUCACAGUUGACGAAUGAUUCUAAUCAAGUUAUAGCCUAUCUUCCUCCGUGCUUGUCACUCUCCGUGGAUCAAUAUUUCCCAAAAAUGUCUUGUCUACCUCAGAGGAGCCCUCGCAGCCUACUUUCUGAUCUCUUCGCUUGUCAUUCUUCAUUACGAGCUUGAAAUCCUCAAAAAUGGCUGGUUGGUUAUUUAUAACCUUUCAAAUAUUGUGUACGGCCUUCAAACUCUAUACGCCUGGGUCGCCUUUGUAAGUAUAUGUCCUCGGCUCCUCAAACUGCACGCAUCAUUACUCAGUUUCAAUAUCUGGUACUAAUCUUUACCUGUCGGCAGAUUUGGACCUUCAUGCACCUUUACUACCCCCACAACAAUGACAACAAUUCUUCUUCGCUCUCUGGCUACAUGCGAAGAUUUCUCUCACCAUCUCGUAAAAACACUAACACCAACGGAAAGUACUUAUUCAGCGUCUUUCAUUGGGUUAUCCUUGCUUUUCCUCAUGUCGUUACCUUCAUCCACUGGGCAGUUAUCGUUCCUCGAAACAAGACAGAAAUUCCAGGUAAGAAUCCUUUGACGAUACUGCAAUCAAACUAACGAGGAUCCAGGAGACACAAUCUUUGAUGAUAAGCUCACGACUUACUUCAUCUUCAGCAAGCACGGUCUUAAUUCCGUCGUUGCUUUGAGCGAGCUCUUCAUCCUCAGCAGCAUAAAGAGAUGCGACGUAGGUUUUUCUGACUCUAUCUCUCUCAUUCUACUAAAUAUGUUCAAGCCUGUUUGGAACCAUGUUACUGCCAUCGCUGUACUUCUUCUUGCAUAUGUAGGCUGGGCAGCUGUCGGCAAGUUCUAUGUCGGAAAAUACACAUAUUUCUUCCUUGAUUAUGAGAAGUUAGGAUGGGAGUAUUAUUGGACAUCUGUUGCUGCUUUCAUUGUUCUCGGUGAACUCUGUAAGUUAUUCCUCCCUUCAUGCAGAUAUGGUCUAGCUAACGGAUUCAGUUUUUGCCUUCGUAUAUUCCCUUACGGGUGUUCGCGAGUCCAUGACUAAGAAGCAAAGCGAUGACAGGGGCGCAGGGUAUCAGAGAUUGCCUCAGUAGAAGGUCAUACCGAAUUUCUAAGAGAUUCAAGAGAAGUCUAAGCACAAUCAUUGAGGCCGACGAGUCAUGCGUGGAAAGGUUACGAAGGAUUAAAAUGUUGAUGGAAAGCAACCCUGAUGCGUGACCGAGGUAUCAUACUGUUUGACUUUUGUUUCGUUCGGUAUUUUUAUUUGUUUCCUUUCUUUGCUUUUCUGUUUAUGGUGGUAGUA